AUCCGGCCCUGAUCCGGCCGUGAAGAUUGCCAUCGGAUGUAAUUAUCAAGUAACCCGUUCUGCGCUAAGCGCUCAACUUCGACUUCGACUCCUGCUCCCAGAGUCUUGGAUCCAUUGGAUCUGAAGUGCGGGGCUCGAGAACCCUUCUCUAGAUUGACCCGGGUGUUCAUGAAAGUACCGACCGUUCUGGCUUCUCGAAUGAACACCUGCCCCUUCCGCCACUAACACACGCCGGUACCGCUAUGCAACGACCGUUUCCUCCGCGCGCUCCGAUCUCCUCGCAACCUGUCCGACGAUCAUAUCACCCAGCAGCUCCAACACAGCGGUCCCAGUGGGCGAUGUGGGUGGGCAACGUCCCAAAGGACGCAGACCAAGACGAGCUUCAUCGAUUCUUUACCCAGCCGCUGGGUGACGGUGCCGGGGCCCUCGCUCAUGGCGUCCAGUCCAUUUUCGUGCUCCCUCGCUCCAACUGCGCUUUCGUCAACUACAACUCCGAAAGCGCACUCACGAUCGCAAUUGCUAGCUUCAACGGGGUGUCACUCCGGACGUUUCCCCAACAAACCGCGGUCGUGGGAAAGCGUAAUGCGACAAAGCCGCUCAUCUGCCGUGCACGCAUGGAAGAGCACGACCUCUUCACAGGAGUCGGCGGGCAGCGGGGAGUGGGUCUGCAUUCCACUUGGGUGAAGGAGAGGAGGGCGAGGAAUCAGGCCAGCGCGACCGAGGACAACUCGGACACCAUUUCCAAUGCGUCGACCACGUCAAGUCUGCUUCAAGAGAACUUCCCACAGCGGUUCUUCAUGCUAAAGUCGUACAAACAGGAUGAUCUCGACUCGAGCGUCGAUACCGGUCUCUGGAAUGCCCAGCGACACAACGCAGAGGUUCUCGAUCGUGCGUUUCGCACAUCUGAAGACGUGUUCCUCUUUUUCAGUGUCAACAAGAGCGGAGAGUUCUACGGGUACGCGCGGAUGACGGGACCCAUAACUCCUCGUGGAGUACCUGGCCAACGACACGAGUCUUUUCCACACACCGCACUCGGUGCACAAUCGCCUUCCUCCCAAGAUCUCCCUCCCCCAGAAACCUUCCUCCCCCCUGCCCUGCUCGACGAGAUCGAAGCAGAGCCCGAGUUCGACUUUCCUCUGCACUGGAUGUGUGUCGACCGGAUGCGCUUCUCGCGCACAAAACAUAUCCACAAUCCGUGGAACCAGGACCGGGAGGUGAAGAUCUCGCGCGAUGGGAUGGAGAUCGAGCCUGAAGCGGGCCAGGCUGUGCUGGACAUCUGGAAAGCCCAGCGCGCAACGCUCAUCCAAGCGCCACGAGCCAGGUCUUGAUCUGUCCACAAAAAAUGUGCUCCUGAACAUGGGCUCCAAUAUAUGUCGAGCUGAGCCAUUGAUUCCGAUCUCUUAUCUCUCUUUCUCUCUCUUUCGCUAUGGAUAAACGUCAUAAGCCUUCUGUAACCAUCUCACCGAUAUGUACACUAAGUCAUCCGCUAUGACCGUACAAUGCCCAGCUACUAUGUAUGUACUUCACGAUUCUCGCAAUCUCAUUGGAGCAGUCCGCACGCAAACAGGCUGAAUCAUCGAUGGUGGCGAACAGUGGAUGGAGCUCAGGUGUUCGUAGAGGAAGGCAGGGCAAGACAGUCCAGUUCUCACGGUACUUGGGUACAAUGAAUCAAGAGACCUGAUAUGCAGAAGAGAAUACAGAGAUUGUAACUACCGAAAGACGCAAGUAGUACAAAGGAUAGAACACGGGUAUCGCAACCAUCCAGAGAUUGGGAGAAAUGUAAGUUAAACCCGAGCUCCUUGCAAGAUUCAUCCAUCUGAUCUACGCAAGAGGCAGAUAACAAAAAAUCAGAGACAUUUACAGCUGGCGGUGGCGAUUAGGCUCGGUCAGCCACGAUUGCCAGGCCGCUAUCAACGCCGAUCCAGCACUCGGCUCGAGUUCGGUUCCGUCCCUCGAGAUUUUGACUUCACGACCCCGGUUCCACCCGUUGACGAUGCCGCGCGUCCGUUUGAAGGGCAAAGGCUCGCGGCAUAGCCAUUCGACGCUGAAUUGGCCGCUAAAACCAGACGCCAGCCGCGGCUGCCCUUCACUGGGCCCCGAAACGUUGUCCACCAGUUCUGGCUCGAGCUGGGGAUCAGGCCCAGAGUGCUGCGACGUCAGCCAAGGUAGUCGGCUAAAGCUAAGGGAUCGAUGCUGACGGGCUCCGGCGUGAUCGAAUUCUCCAGAGUCAGAGACCCGGCGGCUCAGAACACUGGGUGCCGACUGGGUGGCACCUGACUGGAACGAAUAUGGCGAUGCGACUCGCACAACCAGGUUCGGCGAUGCAUCGCCCGCAUCCAUGCCAUGUGGCAGGGGAUCAGAUCCAAUGGAAGUCACCGGGCUGAUCAUUCUAGACGCGCAUGUAAACUUGUGGGCUCAAUGAAGGCAAAGGACGCACUUG